GUCCGUCCAAUUUUAAUCUGUGUCUUUCUGGAACAUUACUAGUUUGUCCUGCGUGAUUUAAAUUAAUACUUUUGGAUAUCGCUAAGUGCAUGCUUGUUGUCACGUUACCUUUGUGUUGCAAUGGUCGUUACGUAAUGUAUUUAAUACCAGCAUUUUCAUAGACGUGAACGUAAAAAAUUAUCAUUUGAGUUCAACUUCAACGAAGAUAUACCAAUUUGUCCAUAACUAAACUCGUUGUCGUAUUUUACAUUCAACUCUGCAUGUCGACCGGUUUCAAUUCACAUCUUCGAGCUCGUAACACAAAGAUGAACAGCCGUUGUAAAAUGUUGACAAGCAGACGUUUCAAGCGUCGAAGUAUCAGCUUUCUGUAUUCAAGAUCAUGGAAGAAGAGAUUGUAUAAUUCUGCGGAGAAACAGCUUUCAAAGAUCAAACUAAGGUACGUCGUCCCACAUUGAAUAGAUGUUGUACUGGUUCGGUCAGUCCCAUGCCUUUAUUUCACUUUGUCUGCUUUUGUAUGCAACUUAAUUUGUAGAAAUGAUCAAAUGAUUUGGAGAGCAGUUUGGAAGAGAUAAGAACCAAAAAUUACUGCAAUGCUACUACCGCUGCGAGAGGAGGCAAUUUGUAGUCUUUGCAAAAUUCACCUGCAGAGAGUGCACUGGAUUGAUUCUCUGCACUAUACUAUAUCACAUUGCAGAACAAAAUAUAACUAAUAUCAAAGAUAAUUAAAAAAGGGCUAAAUAUAGACGACUAAUUAGAUGCAUUUACCAUCUUUCAACAUAAUACGUGCGAGAGUAUUUAAACAAAACACAAAGGCAGCACCCAACGAUCAAGUUUAACAAGAAAUUAUUCUAGUAGAGGAAAAAUGAUACUAAACACUGAGCAAGAUAACAAGGAUAUAAAGCUUGUGUAAAAUGAUGCUCAGUAGGUGUUUUCCUAAUAAGUAGAGGAAUGCUAUUUCUAAAUUGCACUAUCACGGAAAAAUCCUUAUGUCACUAGUUAAUAAUGUAGAUUUCAUUUAUUUUAACUUUCUGCGGUCAGUUUCGGCUUUUCGCUUUGUUUGUGAUUCACUGACCUGUGAUAUGACAUUUAGGUACAGAAGACGUCAGAAAUGAUAAUUAUCAAGGUUAGACGCAAUAAAUAGUAUCAGUGAUAAACACAAAGCCGACAAAAAUCAUUUCGUUCUCUAUGAAAUAUCUACCCUGAUAUUGUUAUUUGUCACUCUUAUAUUUCCAAGUUUGUAAAGUUUUCUCGUGAAAUAAUUUUCCACCAUUUUCCAGUCCAAGUUUCCGCUUCAGCUCCUUGACAUUUUCUAACAGUCCAAACUUUGGUUCCAUAACGUUUCCGCACUAGAGUGUGUGGGAAUGUUUAGGUGUUAUCAUUUGUCGGUGCAGGUUUGUCGUUAGUAUUUUAAAACUUGUAUGAACUGCCUUUGAAUUUUUUCUUUAAUGAUGCAAACAAACGGCCACUUGUAAAAAUGAUUACAAUUCAUAAAUUUAAGACUUCCUGUCUCAAAGAAGGGGUUUUACCUGAGGGGUGGUUUUGAAGUUAAUUGAGCUCAAGGUUCUUUCUUGUUCAGAUUAAUGGGUAAAAGCCAGCAUGAAACUUCUAGAUUUCAGGCGACAUAUCCAUCUGGCCUUCUUAGUUUUUCUUCUUCCCAUAAGUGUGGCCUCAGGUGAGAACUAAAAAAAUAACUUGAAAUAGUUUAGAAUUUGCGCUUGCGAUUAUCCAACGACCGGACUCUGCCUUAUAACAGUUUCGCGUUCAAAUUUCAACUGAGUUUUAUGUCAAAACGAGUUAAGUUUCAGACGCUCAAAUUCUCUUUGUGUCAAGGUGGAAGAUGAUCGUGUCGUGUCUGUUAUGCGAUAGAUACCAAUUAAUUCAACGGUUUUCAAAAACCCCUACUGUUUGUCCAAACUUGUAGAAGUUCGUUAUAGCUCCUAAAUAAGUAAAAAACACUUGAUGUGAAUAUAUCAUUUAAGUCAAAUUUCAGUUAUGUGAGUUCGAUUUCGGCGCCUUUAUGGAACGGUCAGGAGCAGUUUUAGCUUAAUAUCCAUCUCUUAGAAUACAAAACCGUUACCAACCGUAACUUUCCUUGGUAGGAAUUUCAUAAACAUCUUAAUCUCUGAUGUGAAUCUUUUCCAACAUUGGUAUUUACAACUAACUGCAGUGACACGUUGUGAUAAAAAUACAAAAAGAGAAAGACGAACAAGCUAAAUUCGAAUUAAUUCGUGUACAGAAAAAGGAUGCGGCGUUAUUAAAAUUUAUCUAAUCUGCCGAAGGGGUUUUCGUCUUAAGACUAACUAAAACUCUGGUUGUCAUUGCCGUUGUGGUUUGUUUAAAGUCCCUAUCAUCGAUAUCAGACUAGACAAAUGAUAUCAGCGAUGAAUAUUAGAAAAACCAUUAAAUUUUUACUACUUAGAUAUGAAAUAUCAAUCUUAAGGAUGUCGCUUUUUACAUGGAUAUUCAUAUAGUUGGAAACUUGUCUGGGGAAUACUAUUCUGGCCGUCUUCCGCUCCAAAUUUACUCUUUAGGGAAACAGUCAUUAUAAAUCAUCUGAAGGGAUCGGGUGUUUUGCGGAGGGAAACUGAGGAGAAUGUGCCACCUUUCUAUAAUAUCAAGAAAUGGAUAGACAUUCUAGUCUUCUCGGAUAAGGACGAAUAAACCGUAGCUUCCGUCUCCUGCCGCAUCUAUUACUAAUUUGGUUAGGCAGGGGACGUUAAAGAACCCACUCACGAGAUUACUGUGAUGUGGUCUGGCUUGUAAAGUAUAGUGUCAACUAGAUAGCAGGUCCACAUCAGCAAUAGCUGCCAUUUAUUCAACCUGCUUUACCAAAUAAAGGAUGUAUGUAUGUUUUCAGGGGGAAUGGAAGGGGAUCGGUUGUUACUAACAGAAUAUAAAGGGAAGAACUAUAGAUAAUUGAUUGCUAAUGAACUUUCAGAGCCUUGUGUGCGGAUCAGGUAAAUCUCAUCUAAAAUCCUCCAGUUUUUCGCAAGCCCUCAGUCGAUUCGUAUCGCUGAAAACUAUCUUAAAUACAUCAGAUCUUGCCCAAAGCCUUUGUUUGCAAAACAGACUACCUGCCAAGCAAAUAUCAUAUCGUAAUCUUUCUAGUUCAUGUUGUUCAAAGCUGGGUUAAAAUAACUCAGGGUUAUUGUGAAAUCUGAUAUCAGUUAUGAAAGCUUUAAAAGAAACUUAGGUUUCAUUAGGUUUGUUAAUAGAUGUUUAGUUAAUUUUUGUUGCAUGCUCUAAAGAGGUUAGAGAAAAUUAUCGGAAGAUGGCUUUUGAAUUAAGGAAUAAAGAAACCCAGAUUAAAAAUCAACCUUGGGUAAGCGCUAAUAGGUCUUCGAUGAACUGCGCGCUGGUCUAUCUGACGUUCUAAAUUUAUGUUGGCAAAAAGAAAAUCUUCUUUCAAAAAGAAUUUUGUCAAACCUUAUAAAUUAUAUCCUCUUAGACUAGAUUCUUAUUAUGAUGAAUAUUUUCACUGCUUAGAUCGUCUGCAGUGUUUUGCAUGAAUAAUAUUGGUACACAUGCUUAUUGCUUUUAAUUUUAGCUGACAUCUGUACAGCUUCAAUCUGUUACUGUCGAUCAGGGCUUAACUGUUUGAGUCCUAUGGUAAAAUAAAGCUCAUUGACUGCGUACAUUGAUGACACCUUUAAAACAACACAGUUUAUUAAAACAACAGCUAACUUUUCAAAGUAAAAUAUUUGCAUUUUAUGGCUUAAUGGGGCAAUGAUUGUAUCAAAUAGCCGACACAUUGAUUUAUUCAAUCCACACAAGUGGUGGAAAGGCUGAUUCAUCCUUUCGGCCGGUCGAGUUCUUUUUGAAAAUUGCAGGAAAAAAAACUAGUAUAACUAUAGGAUGCGGUGAACAUUCCUUCAAUCAGGAGCAUGUAUUGAUACAAGCACCUUCUUCCCCAUUACAUGGAUGUUAAAAUGUACCUACCCAUCAUUCCCUAACAAUGAGUAGCAAAUACAAUGAUUCAAAAAAUGGUCCAAUAUUCCACUCCAAUUGUACUCUAUGUCUUUCUGGAACAUUCUUAUUUUGUCCUGCGUGAUUAAGUUCUGAAGGUGCUUCUCUUUUGGGUAUCGCUAAGUGCGUGCUUAUUGUUAUUUUGCUAUUGUGUUGCAAUGUUCAGUUUCCGGCUCGUUACGUAAGGUAUUUCAUACCAGCAUUUUCAUAGACGUGAACGUGAGAAAUUAUCAUUUGAGUUUAACUUCAACGAAGAUAUACGAAUUUGUGCAUAACUAAACUCGUUGUCGUAUUUUACCGUCAACUGUGCAUGUCGACUGGUUUUAAUUCAUAUCUUCGGACUCGUAACGCAAAGAUGAACAGCCGUUGUAAAAUGUUGACAAGCAGACGUUUCAAGGGUCGAAGAAACAGCUUUCUGUAUUCAAGAUCAUAGAAGGAGAGAUUGUAUCAUUCUUCGGAGAAACAAAUUUCAAAGAUCUAACUAGGGUUGGUCGUCUCACAUUGAAUAGAUGUGGUAAUGGUUCAGUUAGUCUGAUGUCUUAAUAACACUUUGUCUAUUUUUGUAAGCUACUUUACUUGUAGAAAUGAUCAAAUGAUUUGGAGAGCAGUUUGGAACAGAUGGGAACAAAAAAUUGCUGCGAUCCCGCUGUGAGAGGACGCAAGUACAAAAUGUAAAUAACAUCAAAGAUAUUUAAAAAAGGGCUAAAUAUAGACGACUAAUUAGAUGCCUUUGAAUUUUUUCUUUAAUGAUGUAAACAAACUGUCACUUGUAAAAAUGAUUACGAAUCAUAAAUUUAAGACUUCCUGUCUCAAAGAGGGGGUUUUACCUGAGGAGUGGUUUUGAAGUUAUUUGUACUCAAGGUUCUUUCUUGUUCCGAUGAAUGGGUAAAAGCCAGCAUGAAACUUCUAGAUUUUAGGCGAUAUAUCCAUCUGGCCCUCUUCGUUUUUCUUCUUCCUAUAAGUGUGGCAUCAGGUGAGAAAUAAAAGAAUAACUUGAAAUAGUUAGCAAUUUACGCGUGCUAACAUCAAACGACCGGACACUGUCUUAUAACAGUUUCGUGUUCAAAUUUCAAUUGAGUUGCAUGUCAAAUAGCGUUUGUAAAAUCGUGCUUAAGAUUCAGAUGCUCAAAUUCUCUUCGUUUCAAGGUGGGUGAUGAUCGUGUCGUGUAUGUUAUACGAUAAAUACCAAUCAAUUAAACGGUUUUCAAAAACCCCUACUGCUUGUCCAAACUUGUAGAAAGGCGUUUUAUCUCCUAAAUCAGUGAAAAACACUUGAUGUGAAUAUAUCAUCUAAGUCAAAUGUCAAUAGUGAGUUCGAUUUCGGCGCCUUUAUGGAACGGUCAGGAGAAGUUUAAGUUUAAUAUCCAACUCUUGGAAUAUAAAGCCGUUAACAACCGUCACUUUCCAUGGUAGGAAUUUCAUAAACAUCUUGAUCUCUGAUAUGAAUCUUUUCCAACGUUGGUAUUUAAAACUAACUGCAGUGUUACGUUGUGAUAAAAAUACCAAAAGAGAAAGGCGAAAAAGCUAAAUUCGAAUUUAUUCGUCUAUGGAAAAGCAUACAAAUUUUGAUUUCAAUUUUUGGAAUCGUCAGAUACUCUCAAGAAGUAUGAAAGAAUAUUAAGGGAAAAUUCUGUGAAAAUUGUUCGGCAGUGGGUAUAUAGCCAGAGGGUUGUUAUAUGCUAAUAAGCUCCUAUUUGACUUUUUCCUUUUUCGGUUUUCAUUUUUUUAUCUUUUCUAUGACAGCGUAAUUGUAUUUACGUCUAUACAAGUAUGCAAACUUGAAGUACUUUUACGAUGAUUGACAUUAAGAUUUUGCAUUUGACUCUUAUGUCUCGUGAUGUCAAAAUUCCAGUAUCUGGAAUCCAACGUUUGGAGUGAAGUAUCUGGAAUCCCGUUUACAAAUUAAGAAAUCAGGUUUUUUAGCGAAUUUAAAUAUGAAGAAAUCAUGUCCUGUGAGAGAAAGGUACUCUCGGUAGUUGAAAGUAUUGAUAUCUAAUGUUUUAUUUCUACUUCUGUCUGAUUUUCAUUGACUGGAAUACCUCACUUUCAGUACGUACAAUUUUUCAAAAAUUGUUUUUAUUCUGUCUUUCUCUGAAGCUAACUGUAGGAGUCUUAAAAACGACAGUGGAUUAAUUCCAAGCGGCAUGAAUGACCCAGUGACCGGCAACACAUCGAGUUCAUCACGGUGUGAAGGAAAAGAAAACACUAACUCAUAUCUACAGAUUGAUCUACAGACACGUCAUUUCAUCUGCCAUUGUUUUUUGUCGAACGAGGGUGGGACGACCUAUGCAAUGGAACUAUCCGUCGAUGGGACAAAUUGGACAACCAACAAAAAUGAGGUGAUAACUCUAUGUUAACUAUAUACAUUCGAUAGCCUGACUCUCCAUCGUGAGGCAAUCGUUUAAACGUUUCAUCUAUUGAUAACUCUAUGUACAUUGGUUUAGUUUCCUUGAAACGCUUAUAAUGAAAGUGAAAAAUUGCCAUUGUUCUUUUAUUAUCAAAUGAGUAACUUUAAGUUUUUUUUUAAAAUUGAGAUCUGUACACACCGAUGCUCGGUUUUUUGUGCAUGCCUUAGCCUAAGUCGCAGCCAUCUGUGAGCUAAUAAAAUGCUUAAGGAAAGCAAGGUGUCUAAGUUAUAAGGAGUAAGGGGGGGGUUCAUUUAAGUAAAUUUAUUCAUUUUCGGGUCUCAUCAUUGUACUAUUCAGUGAAUGAGAUGUGUUCUAUAAAUUGGGGCUUUUGAUUUUGAAAGAAAUUCAGGAACUCAGGCUCGGUGCUUAAAGUCAACCACAACGCAAGGUAUCUGCGAUUCUGGCCCAAAGCAGGUCAAGGCAAAGUGUGUAUGACCACAGAGAUUUUUGGAAUGGAGCUAGAAGAAGGUGACUAGUUUACUUUAAAAGAAACUCCAAAUUAAAAACAACAUCGAUUGAACAUGAAUGAUUAGUUGUAAAUGAUUGAAUCAUUUACCUAGAGGGAAGGUCUUCCUCUGUAGCAUAUUCUCGCAUCAAAUUCAUACUUUGGCAAAUUGAGCCGCGUACCGCAUUGACUUAGGCUAUGCCCAGAUACACUUAUCAUGGUCUCUGCUCUAAAAUGUAUAAUUCCCAUACUAAAAGUAAACAGAUUGUAAAAAAGAAUUGCUUCUGUGAAAGUGGGAAAAAAUGUCACAUUAAUAGGACCUGGUAUGAGAUCUAAUACAACACAUAUAACAAAUUUUAACGUAGGGUUAUUUGAUUCAUUACCUUUUUUUUCGGCAAAAGUGGUCGACCUAUUUGACAAUGAAAUUGAUAUUGAUCAAUUCCACAGGGACUACCGUCUCAUAUACAACUGGUAGAACAUCCACCACAGCAGAAACCACUAUACCAACUGCUUCUACUACUGCUAAAAUAGCAUCCGCCUCUACCACAGAAUCUAUCACAGCGGAAACCACUAAAUCAACAAAGAACUCUGGUAGGAUUAGAGCACCAAUGUCCAUAAAACAUUUGCUUUAAAACUCUACCUGUCUGGAAUCUCUUAAGCAGAAAGGAGAACGCUGCAGCUCUCCCAGCUAUAUAUAUAUAUAUUCCAUGCCUAGAAAUUUAUUGACACGGGAGAGAAAAACUAGCAGAGAUGGACUCUAAGGAUGGGGGAAUUUAGUUUUAUCAACUGAGUUGAUAACGUAAAUUGGCCACCGUAAAGGGUUUCAAAGCUGACGUUUCGAGUGUUAGCCAUUUGUCAGAACGAAACAGAGCAAUCGCUCGAAACGUUUGCUUAAAACUCUUUACGGUGGCCAAUUUGCGUUAUCAGCUCAGUUGAUAAUACUAAAUUACCCCGUUAUACUCUUCCAUCGAUGCAGCACCACAGUUUCUUUAGAAACUUAACCCCUUUACCCUGGGGAUAUCCUAGUAGCAGGUAGGGAAGAGGAUAACUGGAGUAACCUUCCCAUUGGCUUAGUUUGUGUCAGGUAUUCUAGGGAACAGAAAAAACUUGGUACUACACUUUCAAGUCGACCUGGGUAACCCUGGGGUUAUUUCAUUAAUUGCCAUUUUUUAGUAUACUUUGGCGAAAUUGAUCGAUUUAGUUGAAAAUCAAAUUGAUAUUGGUCAAUUUUACAGUGACUACCAUCUCCUAUACCACUACCAGAACAUCCACCACUGCAGAAACCACCACGCCCGCUGAUGUUGACAUUAUGACAACCGAGGACUAUGGUAGGAUUAGAGCACAAGUUGUUAUGAUAUUUAUAUAUGUUUUAAAACUGGAGAACUUGAAUCUCUUUAACAGAAAGGAGAUCGCAGAUCACGGCAGCUACACAGCUAUAAUUAUAUAGAACGAGAUCUGCGGAGGCAGUAAAACUGAUUCCAUUCAUUUGAUAGGAAAACAACAACUCUAUCAUUAUGCUGUCUAUGCUCUCGCCGGAAUUGUUUUGGUCUUCCUCGUCAUAAUUGGCGCACUAAUAAGGCGGUUAAGACAAGCUGUGAGGACCGGUAGAAACAUUGUUACAGACCAUGAUAUCCCUGUCUCACCUGCUGAACGGCAAGAGUCAGAGUCUGGUCACUAUAUGGAACUCAGGCCUCCUCAAAUGCAGUCACCUGAACCUACGUACGAGUCAUUGCAAAGCAGAUACUCGACUCAUUAUUACAGCAAUGUAGGAUUUGUGGGGGAAAAAUCAGGGAAUGAUGAUGUUAGAGUUUAUGAAAAUGUUGAGUCAGGUGGUAUCGUCUGAAAUUAAAGUUUAGAUAUCACAUCAAAUUUUCCAACACAAAUUUAAGUGAUCCUACAAUCUUAUUGGUUCGUGGUGUGGGUGAACUUCUCUAAUUUGUCCCAAUAACUAGGAAACAAACGUUAUCUUGAUAUAGUUGGGUACAAUAUCUUUAUUCGAAAGAAAAAUAAAGGAAUUUGAUGAUGAAGUCAAUUUAAGGAUGCUCUGUUGUCUAGUUUAGUCUUUCACCCAGGCAUUGUUAACCAUUGGUUCAUAGACACAGUUGUUUGUUCGAAAACAUAUCUAUAAGGCAAUUUGCUGCAAGCCCUAAGUCGGUUCGUAUGGCGGAAACUAUGCCUGAAGUCUUGAGUACAUUACGUCGUGGGCAAAAGGUUUUUUCGCCAAACGGACCUCUUGCCCAGCAAACAACAUAUCUUAACUGAUGUUUGUGGUCAGUCUGUUCAGUC